CCGAAGGCACUCAUCUCUUCCCACCCACCAAAUCCCCAAUUCCAAACCUCACCUCCCAGUUCGAGCGACCAUGUCGGGGCGCGGCAAGGGCGGCAAGGGGCUGGGCAAGGGCGGCGCGAAGCGUCACCGGAAGGUCCUCCGCGACAACAUCCAGGGCAUCACGAAGCCGGCGAUCCGGAGGCUGGCGAGGAGGGGCGGCGUGAAGCGCAUCUCGGGGCUCAUCUACGAGGAGACCCGCGGCGUGCUCAAGAUCUUCCUCGAGAACGUCAUCCGCGACGCCGUCACCUACACGGAGCACGCCCGCCGGAAGACCGUCACCGCCAUGGACGUCGUAUACGCGCUCAAGCGCCAGGGCCGCACCCUCUACGGAUUCGGCGGCUGAGAGGUGCCCCCGCCGCUGGUGGCCGUGGCAAAAGUCUUGGGGUCGCGGUCAAGAAAUCGAGGGAGGCGAGAGUAUUCUGGCCCAUGUGCUUAGUUUCGUAGUCUUAUCGGUAGUGCUUAUUGUUACAGGUUGUUGGGUUCGAUCACUCUAGAGCCACUGUACCGCAUUUCCCCGUGUUCUGAACUUCCGAUAUAUGAAAUGUGGAUUCACUUGAUAUCUCCUCGGGCAACAGGUUAAGUCGUCUUUAAUUUU